CCACCACCUUUUCAAAAAGAAGAAGUCGAGUCUAAUUUAUCCUUUAAUUCUGAAACCAUGAGUCAAGACGGGGAUCAACCUAUUAGGACUUUGAAAGACUAUUUGCAUCCCACUAGAACAGCUACACCAUCAUGCAUAAUGUUUCCUCCUAAUACACCACACUUUGAGUUCAAACCUGGAAUGAUUCAGCUUUUGCCUAGUUUCCAUGGUUUAGAGAAUGAAAAUCCAUAUGUGCAUGUUAGGGAAUUUGAGGAGGUAGUAGCUACUUUUCAUAGUCGAGCUGACACUAUAGACACAGUUAGGGAGCGUCAAUUCAUAGAGAUGAUGUGUAAUGGGGAAUUUUUGCAUAAGGACCCAGAAGAAGCCAUAGAUUAUUUAAAUGAGUUAGCUGAAAAAGCUCAUACUUGGACAGGACCUAGUGCCACUGAUAGUACUAGUAGGUCACGAUCAUCUGGGAUUUACCACCUUAAGGAGGAAGAUAGCCUUAGAGCCCAAUUGGAAGCUACAACUAGGGAAAUUGAGACGUUAAAAAUGAAAAAUAAUAGAGUCACCCACACAGUUGCAAGGGUAGAAGCUCAAGCUCCAUGUUUUGUUUGUGGGGGAUUGGAUCAUUUAGCUCAAGAUUGCCUAACCUAUGAUGAGAUGAGAGGGGUUUAUGAAGAACAAUGUAAUGCAUUAGGAAUGGAGGAAACACUUAAGGCAUUUAUGGAGGCACAGACUAAGACUAACCAAAAGUUUGAUUCUAUUCUUACACAGAUGGUUGAAGAAAACAAGGAUAUCAAGAGUCAACUAACUAAGUUGACCAAUGCUCUUACUAUCCAAGAACGAGGUAAGAUUCCAUCUCAACCUCAAGUUAAUCCUAAAAAUUUACAUUUGGUGCAGGAAUCUACCUCUAAUUCGGAGAACAUUCAAGGGGUUAAUGCAAUCACUACUCGUACUGGUAAGGUUAUAGAGCCAUUGCAAAAAUCACCUAAAUUGAAGGAUGCUACUCCAAGUAGCCGUGAAGAUGACCUGUUGAAAGAACCUGAGAAAGAGGUCCCAAUUCGAGUUCCUUUCCCUCAAGCUCUUAAAUCUGGAAAGAUUUUAGACAACCAAGGUGAGAUUUUAGAAAAUUUGAAACAAGUUAAGAUUAAUCUACCUUUGUUGCAUGUGAUUAAACAGGUACCAACUUAUGCCAAAGUGAUCAAGGAUCUAUGCACCAUAAAAAGGAAACACCAUGUCAAGAAAACUACAUUCUUGACAGAGCAGGUAAGUGCGGUAAUUGAGCAAAAAACACCGCCAAAGUACAAAGAUCCAGGGUGCCCAACAAUUGCUUGCCAAAUUGGGUCACAAGAGUUCAGUCAAGCUCUUUUGAAUUUAGGAGCAAGCGUGAAUUUAAGGCCUUAUUCAGUUUAUUUGCAACUAGGUCUUGGAGAGAUAAAACCCACAUCUGUGGUAUUACAGUUGGCUGAUCGUUCAUGUAGGAAACCAAGAGGGAUAGUGGAAGACGUUUUGCUUCAGAUUGAUAAAUUUUAUUAUCCUGUUGAUUUUCUUGUGUUAGACACUCAGUCUGAAGUUAAUACUCUUAAGUACCUUCUAUCUAAGAAGGAUGCUAAAGCUCGUUUGAUUAGGUGGAUUUUACUUUUGCAGGAAUUUGAUCUUACAAUUAAAGACAAGAAGGGUGUUGAAAAUGUGGUGGCUGAUCAUUUGUCUCGAUUGGAGUUUAAUGACUCCAAUAUUGAAAGUUCACCAAUUCGAGAUGACUUCCCUGAUGAACACUUGCUCGCUGUUAGCCAAGUUCCAUGGUAUGCUCACAUUGUUAACUACUUGGUUUCUAGUGAAAUUCCAUUGGAUUGGAAUGCACAAGAUAAGCGUAAGUUCUUGGUUGAGGUGUCAAAAGUUAGGUGCAUUAACUCGUCGUCACAUGAUGCCUCUUAACCCAAUUCUAGUCAUUGAGAUUUUUGAUUGUUGGGGUAUUGAUUUCAUGGGACCAUUUCCAUCUUCUUUUGGUUACCUUUAUAUUCUUCUUGCUGUUGAUUAUGUGUCUAAAUGGGUUGAGGCUAUACCUUGCCGUACCAAUGAUAACAAAGUAGUUGUUAAGUU